CAGAAGCAAGCAAUGAUAAUGAACAAACUAAUAAGUUAACAAUUAAUUUUGAUACUGGCACACACAAAGAAAACUCUAUAAUACUAAUUGAGGAAUUGCUGACAUUGAUAGAGCCAACGCAAGAAAAGAAAAUAGAAAAAAAGAUUGAGAAACUGGAGAUGAAUGAUGAACUUGCAGCAGAGCAGGUGGAACAGAUAAAAGACAUGUUAAAGCAAGGGCAUAACAUGUUUGCACAAUCUAUAUCAGAGUUGGAUUGUAUCAAAAUUGUUGAACACUAG